AUACAUUAGCAAAAAACGUUUGCUCAUUAUGUUUUUAUUUUUUUAACUAACGUAACAUAUAUGAAAUUUUUAUAUAAUAUUGGAUUAUUAUCCCGUAGUGUCUAACCAGAUAUAUAGGGCAUGGUCAUACAUAGAAGUAAUUCUACGUAAAAAUAUUGUAGUUUAUUUCGUACGCUACAUUUUUUAUAAAACGAUUGAUAAAUGUUCUAACACUUGUAAAGAAAUUGACCAAAUUAAUAUGGUGUUUCGAAAGAAUGAUUGUGAGUACAUAGAGUUUGUAAUAAUCUAUGAAAAGAAAAAUUUUUCAUAGGAAACAUAAUGGAGUAUAAAAAAUCUACUUCGUGUUCAAUGCUCAGCAUCUAGAAAUUUCAUAGCCACGUAUUUUCUACAUAAAUUUUUCACUGGAUCGUUAAUAAAAUUCUGUGCAUUAUGGAUUUUGGUCAACUGCUGUCAGUUGCACAAAAAAAUAGUUCGAAUAAACAAAAUGUCUCUUAUUACUCUACAAAAUUUUCACCACCAAAAAAAGAGACUAAACAAUCAAAAGCAUUAUCAGACAAUAUAAAGAAAUUUUUAGCUCGAAAGGAGGAAGAGGAAAGAAAGAAAGCGUCAGAAGAAAAAAGGAAAAAAGAGAAUUUAUUAGCUUUGAGGGAUCAUAAAGCUCAAAGUAGGAUAAAUAAACACUUAAAAGUUACUAAAUCUGCCAAUAAAUCAGUUUUAGCUGAUGCCAUUAAUACUGAAGAUACUGCAGUAACAAUUACUGGAUUUGUGCAACCUGAUGAAGAUGAUUAUGGAUAUGUAUCACAAGAAGCCUCUGCAUUUUAUGACCGACUAUUGAAUAAGUAUAGUCAUUCACCUGAUAAGCCUUUAUUUAGUGAUAGUGGAAAAAGAAGUGUGAAAGAUAUUGCUUCAACAAAAGAUAGAGUUAAGCAAGCAUUAAAACAACAAGAAAUUGACGAUAGUUUACCGCACAGAAGAAAACGUAAAUCUUCAGAAAUAGCAACAGGGUCAGGAACAGCAAAAGAUAAUGAGAUAGAAGAAAAAUGUCAAUCUGAGAAAGCCAAAGAAGGCGAUAAAGUGAAGAAAAAAAGGCCUCCAAUGCCACCACCAAUAGACUUUGCUUCUUUGUUAAAACUAGCGGAAAAAAAACAACAUGAACCAAUUAUUAUUGAGCCAAAACCGAAGCCUAAACCAGAAACUGUUGAAUAUGAAAGACCAAUGACGAAAAAGCAAAAGAAAGAAUUUAUGAAGGAAAAAGAGUGGAGAGAAAAGCGAGAAAGAGAAAAAAAUAAUGACCAUUCUACUAGCAACGGUUCUUCUAGUAAUAAUAUUAAUAGUAAUUCGAGUGAUUCAACAAGCAAAUUAAACAAACCCAUAGUAAACAAACACAACUCAAAACUUUACAAUGAAUUAACAUCUACAAAAUUAACAAAUAAUAAAAAUGUAGAUAGCAAAAACUCAUCACCUAAACCCAUACAAUCAUCUAAUCCGUCCAUUAAAAUGAAAAAUGAUAACAAUAAUAAGCCAUCAGUCACUAAAAUGAAUUCUAAACCAAUCUUAACAUCAGAAAAGGAUGAAAUAUUAGAAGAACGGCGGAAGUUAGAGCUAGAAAAACGAAAAUUAGAAUCUAUGAGGCGAAUGAUUGAAGAAGAAAAGAGAAAGUUAGCUCUGGAAAAUAAAAAUAAGAAAAUUUCUCAAGAGGCCAAAUCAUCGAGCACAAAUAAACUCACAAAAAGUAAUGACAAAAUAGAACCAUCAUCAUCUAACAUAAAAGACAGUAAAUUAAAACAAAUAAAUUCAACAAAUAAUAUAAAUAAAUCUCGUGUACCAUCAACAGAAUCUGGAAAACCUGUUAAACAAUUUCCACCUGCGGAUUGUUAUAAUAAUAAACCUAAACAAUUUCCACCGCCUGAUAUGAUAAGGAGAAAGCCAAUGAAGCCAUCAAUGAAUGGUAAUGGAAAAAGACCAGUUACAAUGAAUAAACGACGUAUAUAUGAUGAUGAUGAAGAUGAAUAUGAUUCGGAGUUGGAUGAUUUUAUUGAUGAUGAUGAUCCUCAUGCAGAAUCAGAAGACUAUUCUAAAUAUAUUAGUGAAAUAUUUGGGUAUGAUAAAAGAAAAUAUAGAAAUUUCGAUGAUGAUGACACGAACAUGGAGAGUAAUUACGCACAACAAUUAAAAGAAGAAUUCGUAUCUACAAAGAUCGGUAUAAUGGAAGAUCUUGAAGAUAUUCGUAAAGAGGCGCUUGAAAAGAAACAAAAAGCUAUGAUGAUGAAAAAGGCAAAAAGAAAAAUGUAACAAAGUUUACAUUAAAAAAUUGAUCUAAUUAUAAAA